AUGCUUCAUCAUUUGAUGGUGGGAACUUGGACCCCUCCUGGUGCAAUUUUUACCAUUGAAUUCGAUGAUGAAGCAUUAACUUUGAAAUUGCUCAAGAGAACACCAAUUCCAGAAGAUGAGCCAAUUUCAUGGAUGACUUUUGAUCAUGCGCGGAAAAACAUAUAUGGAGCUUCAAUGAAGAAGUGGUCCAGUCAUGCUGUUACAAGUCCUGCAGGAAUUCAACAUAUUACUUCACAUCCUAUGUCCCAUGACCCGUCCGCGGCGAAAUCUGAUACGAGAACAAGAGCAAUUUUCUGCUUAGCAGCAAAGAAGCCACCCUAUCAUGUUUACGGCAAUCCAUUUUACGAGCACGCUGGACACGGUAAUGUUUUCUCGGUCGAUGAGGAUGGCGCAUUGAAGGAGAACAUCCAAAACUAUGAAUAUAGUCCUGAAUCCGCAAUUCAUGGCAUGGUGUUUGACGCAGAAGAGAAUUAUCUUUAUUCUGCAGAUAUGUGGGGGAAUAAAGUAUGGACACAUAAAAAGGAUAGCCAAACGGGUUUGCUUGAGUUGGUGGGAAGUGUAGAUGCGCCCAAGAAGGGAGAUCAUCCUAGAUGGGUUGAGAUACACCCAAAUGGAAAAUAUCUUUAUGCUUUGAAUGAAGCAGGCAAUAACUUGGCAGUCUAUGUCAUUGAUGAGAAAACCCAUUUGCCAGUAUUUACAAAUAUAACAUAUCCAUUAGUACCUCCAGGGGUUCCAAAUCUUAAACUUUAUCGAUCAGAUGUCGUUUUCAUGUCGCAUAGCGGCAAAUAUCUCUUUGCAACAUCACGAUCGAACGAUUUCAAAGUUACCGGUUACAUAGCAGUUUUCAAAGUUGGACCGGCUGGAAAUAUCGAAAGGCAGAUAUGUUUGAAUCCAACACCAACAAGUGGAGGUCACUCGAACGCAGUUAGUCCUUGCCCAUGGAGUGAUGAAUGGUUGGCUUUGACGGAUGAUCAAGAUGGUGGGUUUGAAAUUUAUAGAUGGCAUGAAGAGUUUUUACAUAGGGUUGCCAGAAUUGAUAUCUCGGAACCUGGAUUUGGUAUGAAUGCUAUUUGGUAUGAUUAA